UUUAAUACUAAAAUAAUGCAAAAUGAAAGUUAUUAUUAUUUGAUUUUGUCAAAUGGGGUCGUGAUGGCGCACCCACAUUUACGGGAGGCGGCCGAGUCUCUGCUUAGCAGUGUUAGUCCGCAUCAUAGGACGCUUACACACUCAACAUCUCUAAACCUAGUAUCAGAUGACCUGGUAGCGGGACACAGGCCACAAGGCAAGAUGUCUACAGUGCGGCGCUUCUUCUGUCUGUUUGUCACGUUCGACCUGCUGUUCACCAGUCUCAUGUGGCUUAUUUGUGUUAUGAUGCGAGGAGAAACACUACAACAAAUAAUGAACACAGAGAUAGUGCAGUACAACGUGAAGGUAUCCCUGUUCGACAUAGUGAUGGUGGCUGUGUGUCGGUUUGUCGUGUUACUGCUCUUCUACGCCGUGCUCUAUAUCAAUAACUGGAGUAUUAUUGCUCUAUCUACAGGGUGUACCUGUGCUUUAUUAAUAGCUAAGGUUUUUGUAUUUGACUGGCCGAAUGCGGUACAGCCAGUGUACGAGGUAUUCCUCAUUCUGACGUCGUUCACGCUAGCGUGGGGAGAGGCCUGGUUCCUGGACUUCCGGGUCCUGCCCCAGGAGUUGCAGGCUAAACAGAUAUUAGAGUCUAUAGUCCAUCACGGUGUCUCAGAACGCACCCCUCUCCUGCCCCCCUUGGCGGGUCAGUCGCAGUACGCGGAGUCCACCGUCAAGUGGUUCUCCCCCGUCGAGACCCCCGAGUCCAGUCCGCGCCCGCGCCGCCCCGGGGAACAACUUAUACUGACGCAGGAACAGAUAGACGAAUACAAAGCUCAAGCGGAGGAGAGCAUGCACAAUGCAUUCCGUAUUGUGAACUUGCCGAACUGGAGCGUCGAGAAGAAAGGCUCGAAGGGAGACGUCGUGGAAUCUAAGAAGACUGAACAGUUUGGCAAGGUUUAUAGGUUUACUGGUGUAGUAGAAGCCCCACCACAGUUUUUAUACGAAGAGUUCAGAGAUAAUCUCACUAAACUGCCAGAGUGGAACCCCACCAUAUUGAAGAGUGAGCUUAUAAAGGAAGUAGGUCCCGGCGUAGACCUGUCCUACCAGGUCACCGCCGGUGGAGGUCGAGGUAUUAUAGCACCCAGAGACUUCGUGAUCCUCCGUCGCACGGCGCCCUUGUCCAAAGAGGGGCAGGUGGUGUCUUCCGACCCUGACAGCUACAUCAGCAGCGGCGUCAGUGUCACCGUGCCGGGGUACCCGCCUCAUAGGGAUAUGGUCAGAGGUCAAAACAAGGUCGGGUGCUGGUUCCUCAAGCCGCGAACGGUACAGACUUCAGGCGGCAAGAUCGAGACGCACACCACCUUCCAAUGGCUUAUGUGCUGUGAUCUUAAAGGUAAAAUCCCCCAAUUUGUGCUCGACGCCGCCUUCGCAACUGUGAUGUUGGACUACAUAGUACACGUGAGAAAAUUCGCGGCCGACGCUAAACAACAGGGCAAAUUCUAAACAACCACACACUAUGCAAUUUGUAUUCAGCAACCUUUCACUAUGGCGGUCUUAUAAAGUACAGAUUACAGCAACUAUUCAUGCUGCUAGCAGUUAUAAGAAACUACAGUGGAUUUAGUGUUUGGUUGGCGCAACCUUCUACUAUAAAGUUUAGAUUCAGCAACCAUUAUCUAAGGUCAAACAGAAACUUUUAAGAACCAAAUAGUUACAAGUUUUUGGACUUAAAUAUAAAUAAAUACAGUUAACCAAAAACUUUUCAACUGAAACUAACUAGUUACGAGCAACCAUAUUCUACAAAUACUCCAGAAUACCAAAGUUGCAGAGUCAACCAGAAUGUGAUGACAACCAUCAGCUUUAGCUUUAUAUAGCGUAACCAUACACUAUAGUUAUUUUAACAAAACCAACCAUACACUAUGGUGCUAUAGGUGUCAACUAAGCAACCUUUUACUUUAUAGUCACUGAGCAACCAAUUGCUAUAAGAUUAUUUUGAGCAACCACAUAGUAAAAAAUACGGGCUUAAUUAAUAUGUAGCUAAAACUAUCAUAUGACCAAAUAGGACUAAAAAGCCUUCGUGUUUUUUUUAAACCAUAAAUUAGAUGACGUUGGUUACAAAAACCAGAUGACUAGCAACCAUUUAGUGAUUGAGCAACCAUUGACUGUAACAACCAAAAACUUCAAUAAUAUUUGUUUGUAAGCACAUUCAAAGUAUAAUAAGAGCAAUUUAUUUUCUAACGAGAUCUAGAAUAAGAUUCCUACAACUAUGUGCUUCAAUUUUAAAAAAAUAUAGUAAAAAUUCGUUUAUUUUUACUUUUUUUAUUUAAAAAAAUAUCUAUGAUUUUCUACGUAAAUUACUCCUUCCGUUCUUAGAUUAUAAUUAUAUAGAUAGUCCAAUGUUUAUAGCAAUAUUUUAAUGACAUUAAAAUAUCAUUUAAUUACGAAAAUAACAGAAAUACAAAUCAUGCAUUUACAUUAGUAAUAUUUUCAAAAGUACAUACAAAUAAACAAACUUUGUUUAAAGACAGAUUAUGACGAAAUAAGUAUUUGAUAUUCAUGUAUGAAAAAAGUAUAUGUUUUCAUAAAGGUACGUUUUUAAUGCCAACUGCCGACCGCACAUGCAGUUGUAGUCGGCAGCUAGUGUUCAGAACGUACCUUAAUGGUUUAUUAUUGUUAAUGAUCGGCACGAAUCUUGAGCGCUAACUUUCACCUGCGCAGAAGUGAUUUAUUAGCAAAGAACCAAUCCCGAGUGACGGCUAUGACGCGAUGCGCUGCGGGCCAAUCACCGCUUUAGCCCGCCCCCGCGCUCACUUCAUACCACAAAAGGGACCUAAUAAAUUACUUCUGCGCAGGUGAAUGUCAGCGCUCAAGAUUCGUGCCGAUGAUUGUCAAGUCGAAAAAUCUUCCAUACAUCCAUAACAUGACAGUCAAAGAAUGAAUGAGUGAAUAAUUUCAUUCAAUCUUGGUAUUACUAGCUUAAUGCCAGUUUAAUAGUAAAAAAAAACAUUGUUAUUUAAGAAUAUUUCUAGUAAUAAUAGCUUUUGUUACAUAACUAUGUAUAUAAAAUCAGAAAAAAUGUAAUAUAUGUAUGUAUAGGUUAACUUUGACUGCAAUUGGUAACCUCAUGUUGUAAGUAAUUUAUCAAAAAGGUCUUCUUUUGAACGAAGCAAAGAACGAAUGAAUGACAAUCAAAAGAGUGAAUGAUACCCAUAAUGAGUGAAUGAUCUGAGCCUUUUUAUACUCGUUUGUAUAAAUUGUAUGCAUUUUAUAUGAAAUAAAUAAAUAAGGAAAAUUAAUAUAUUAGUUUUUUAUAAUACAGGCUGUUUUUAUUGGCUUUAUCAAAGCAAAUCCUUUCCUUAUAGUUGAAUUAUACUCUGGUUUAAUUUAAAAAGGGAUAUUAGUCUCUUUUCUAAAACAUGUCGACCCUAUUUUCAAAAUGAACUUAACAUUUUGAAUCGCCUCAAAAAUAAGCCUGUAGCCACCUAAAAAAAAAGCUGUAUGCUUUAGCAAACUUAUACCAUUUAACUAAAAAAAUGCAAAUCUACUCUUGUAUAUAAGUAGAUAAAUUUGGUAUUUUUUUAAAAUGAAUUUGACAACUUUGAUGAGUAUGAUAUGCAACAGAAAUGAGCAAUUAAAAUAAUAUGUAAAACUUAUUAUAAAAACACAAGCUGUGUAGUAGACGCCAUAUUGAAAAUGAGAGACAACUAGCGCCGCGGUGGGUGAAUGUUGAACUAAUUAAAUAAAAUGGCGGCUUUUCAAUCAGCUGUAAUGUUGAGUGCAUAUAAAUAUAGAUACCUAAGUUAAUGUAUCAUAGUUCUAAGGAAAUAAACGAUUUUUAUACUGUAAAA